AUGUUUCCCUUCAAGGUGAGCAAAUGGAAGGGGCUUGCUUGUUUCCGGUCAUCAGUGGUCUCCUCUCCUAACGUUCGCCAGAAGAAACUAAUUCACAAACUGCAGGAGGAAAAGGCUUUUCGGGAUGAGAUGAAAAUUUUCCGUGAGAAAAUAGAAGACUUCAGGGAAGAGAUGUGGAAUUUCCGAAGCAAGAUCCACAUUUUCCGAGGCCAGAUCUUGGGCUUUUGGGAAGAAGAGAGACCUCUCUGGGAAGAGGAGAAAACCUUCUGGAAAGAGGAAAAGAUCUUCCGGGAAAUGGAAAAAUCUUUCCGGGAAAAAGAGAAAACCUUUUGGAAAAAAUACCGUACCUUCUGGAAGGAGGAUAAGGCCUUCUGGAAAGAGGACAAUGCCCUAUGGGAAAGAGACCGGAGCCUUCUCCAGGAGGACAAGGCCCUGUGGGAAGAAGAAAAAGCCCUGUGGGUAGAAGAAAGAGCCCUACUUGAGGAGGAGAAGGCCCUGUGGGAGGAUAAGAAGUCCCUCUGGGAAGAAGAGAAUGCCCUCUGGGAAGAAGAGAAAGCAUUCUGGGUAGAAAGUGGUGGCCAUAUUGCAGAAGAGCUAAUGCUGGAAGACCAGCCCUACAAUGACAGUGGAGGUGUGCGAUCACCAGUCUUCUCCCGAAGCAGGGCGUGA